GUUUCAAACAUGGAGGAGCUGGAGCGGCGAGGGCUCCCCGGCCGGGCGGGGAGCCCCGGGAGCCCGCCCAGCCCGCGACUGGACGUCAGCUCGGAUAGCUUCGACCCGUUGCUGGCCCUCUACGCGCCGCGCCUGCCGCCCAUCCCCUUCCCCAACGCCCCGUGCUUCAACAACCUGGCGGAGUACGAGAGCUUCCUGCGCCUGGGCGGCCGGGGCCGGGGCCGGGGCCGGGCACGGGGUCAGGCUGGCCCCGGGGCUCCGGGCGCCCCGGCCCCCGGCCCCGCCUCGUCCGCCUCCGGCUCGGCGCGCCGGACUUCCCGCCGCCGCGGAGCGCCGGUCCCGGACCCCGAGCGCAUCCAGCGGCUCCGCCGGCUCAUGGUGACCAAGGAGGAGGCGGACGCGGGCGCCACCGGCCCCGGCAGCAGCGGCCGCCCCGGCCGCAGGAGGAAGGCGCCGCGCAACGUCCUCACCAGGAUGCCCCUUCAUGAGGGCAGCCCACUGGGUGAACUUCAUCGCUGUAUCAGAGAGGGCGUGAAGGUCAAUGUUCACAUUCGCACAUUCAAAGGACUUCGGGGUGUCUGCUCUGGCUUCCUGGUUGCAUUUGACAAAUUCUGGAAUAUGGCACUUACUGAUGUGGAUGAGACUUAUAGAAAACCAGUUCUGGGCAAAGCAUUUGAACGUGAACCUCCUUUAACUCUCACCAGGCUGUUUGACCGACUCAGACUUCAGGAUUCCUCCAAAAAGGAAGCUGACUCUAGAUCGAUGGUUGAGGACUCCACACUGUCUCGCUAUUCACAGACGUCCACUUGGAAGAUGGCCACAGUGUGGGGGAGAGAAGAUGAGGAUAGGGGGUCACAGAAACGUUCCCGCUCAGCACCUUCUUCGACUCUGGCAUCUGGAAAGGAGGUUUCCAGGUCUGACCUGUCCGGCAGGACUACACGGACAGAGGGCUCUAGUGCAGGGGGCUCUAAUUCAAGGGGCCGGUCUCGUAAGAAAAGGCAGAAGCCCAAAGUGGAUUACCAGCAAGUAUUCACACGACACAUUAACCAGAUAUUUAUCCGAGGAGAGAAUGUUCUACUUGUCCACCUUGCCCAGUGAUCAACCGAGCUUUGAGUAUUUUAUUUUUAGAAAUAAACUGCAUGAAUUGCAUUUGCACUGUGCUCCUUAGCAUCUCAGUGAAAAGCUAAUUUAGAAUGAUUCCCUCUGAUCUUGGAUGUAGAGAGGAAGGAACUGAGUCUAGGACACUGCUUGUCCACAAAGAUGGGAACAGCAUGCUACCAUGUGAAGGUACCUUUUGUAGAAUGGGUGGCUAUUCAGAGGCGGAAGGCAUCAUUAUAAAAUAUAGAUCUAUUCCUAUUUUAUUUCUAUUCAUAGAUAUAAAUUAGAUUUGGUUUCAUUGCUACUAUCAAAUACUCUUGAGAUAAACUAGAAAAAUGAUAGCCUUUUUGACUCUACUAUGGUCAUGAUGUGUCUAUAACUCACCACACAUACCACAGCACGAAAAGGGAAUCUGUUCUUAAAAUGGUGUGGUAUCUAUGGAAAGUGCUCAUAGAAUUUCUUUCUAAGAGAUAAUGGUAUGAAUUAGGCUGCCAUCCUUGCACUUACUGCUGCAUUUUACAUCACACCAUUCAUCUUUCUGGAUUUUCUCUUGAUGAGGGACUAGAAUUUAUGAGCUUUAUUGAGCAUUUUUAACACCCAUGAAAUACCCACCAAUUUGGAUUCGGGUGGGACUUAUGCAGGUGGUAUGUUAUAAACACCCAGUAGUAAAUACACCAUAGUUCUACCUGUUGUCAUUGUGAAUUUAGUAGCUUAAUUAUUAUGUUCACUGUCCUGAUGAAGUUAGUUUCUGCGUAUGGUGAACCAGAUGGGAAUCGUAUCCUGUCUUGUCCUUUUGCUGUCUCUGAUUUGUGUGGCAUGCUAUUGGUGCAUGAGCUGGUGUGGCAUGGCAUUUAAUGCAGUAUGAGUUGUCUUGUGAGCUGUGUGGCAUUUGUGGUGCCAUGCAAAUUGCUGUGCUUAAUUUAGCUUAAGUAAGUUCAGCAUGAACUCAGUAACAUAUACUUGUCUUAACUGCUAGAACUCCCUCUCCUGGAGCUGGGAACAAAGGGUGCUUUUUAGCUUGGUUCUAAUAUGAAACAGGGGAAGAUUGUUUUCCCCUCAUAUCUGGCCAAAGAGGCUUUUGCAAGCUACGAUGAUAGGUAGUGUUUCAGAGGGACGUUGGUGCAACAAGAACACCAUAGAAAUGUGACUUCCAGCAAACCUGUUGUGCUUCUACUGUAAUGAUUCUUUGCUCUUUAACUCAGCCAGUGCAGAACAGGCUACAUCCUGAAAUAGACUGUUAGGCUAUACCUGACUGUUUUUAGGUUGACUGUUUUCUUUUUUUUUUUUCUCCUACAGCAAGAGUUAGCUUUUGUGCAGAAUGAGAAUACACUCACUAUAUGGUUAGUUGCUCAAGUAUUUGGAAGGAAAAGUGCUGUGUAACUUGUGGCAGAAACUCUUAGAAAAGGAGGAGGAGCUCAGGUAUAGAAAGCUGACUUGCUGCUUUUUCAUCUUGUGACUGUAGGUAAGUCAAUGUAACCCCUUGCUGCCUCAGUUUUCCCCAUCAGUCGAAUGGGGAGAUAAGACACCUACCUCACAGGGGUAUUGGGAAGAACAACCUGACAUUAACAAAGUAUGUUAUUUAAGUGCCAGGUAUGGUCUUAUUAACUCUUCCCUAGCCUUUCAAGGCUUUAUCUUGUGGUCAGGGUAGGUGCUAUAUAAGAUAGACAUUAUUUAUCGUUAGGGGUAUCUUCCCAUAUCAGGUUCUUAGGAACCAUUUUCUAGGAAAGUCUGUGUUCUAUUCCCAAUUUCUAAAGAGUAAUUGUAUUUCUUAGGAAAAUACCAUAAAUGUGAAGACAGUUCCAAUUUGAGAAUCACUAACUCUUUAUCCCUCUGUUCUUUGUCUUUUCUUUUGGUAUUUACAAAGAAUCUGCUCUAGACUAUUCUAAGGGAUUAUAGUGCCAUCAAAAGAACAAGUCCCUAAAAGUGCCUCACCUUCCAAGGGAAAUCAUGGGGAGCUUUUUACUUUAAUUUUUAAAUAAAUUUUUGAAAUCUACUUCUAGAACGUAAUUAUAAAUGCUAGAGUUAGAAAAUCAUACAGCAGCCAAAUGAAAAUCACCUUUGAAACUUGACAAAAUGAGUGUUGUUUUGUUUUUGUUUUUUGUGUGAUCCUUAAAACAUUUUUACAAGAGUGAAUCUUCAAAAAUUGUAUUGGGGAGGGUGUAUGUGACAACAUGGGCAUCAGCCCCACCUAAAAGUAUGGCCAUUUUAGUUAUUCCCACCUCUGCCCUCAGGCUAAAAACUAAAGUGAAUACUUACUUUCCCAGAAAAACAUAUCCCAGGAAAAUAACCGAAAGGACUUAGAAAAAAACAUGCUUAAUUUUCACUAGUCAUGCUGACUGAUUUCCAUUAAACAUCACCUAAUUUUUCAAAAUUGGUGAAUAAUUUCAAGGUUGUAUCUAAAGUGUGCAGGUUACUCCUUGUGUUCAGGAGCUCACCACUUUUCUAUCCAGUUUCAGAACCCAGUUCAUCUAAAAGGUUUUUAUAAGUUGUAUAUGAUUCACCAUACUUGAUCAUUUAUAUCAUGAGUGUUUUCUUGGUUAUGGCUAGGGUCUUGAUUCUGCAAUGAUUGCUAUCUAAAAACAAAAUUGCAAGUGGUAUUGUGUUGAAAACUUAAUAGAUUGGGCUUUUAAAAAUAACUCAUAUACUCUGCUUGGAAAAGAAAAACAAUAAUUUCUCUUUAUUCCUAAAGAAAUAUUCUUUUAAAACUUUUAAAAAAUCACUCCUUGGGCAUUUAUCUGUUGUUCAAAGAUAGUCUUUCAGAAUUCAUGAUGAUUGCAAUAAAUAUAGCUAAAGUCAUAAUUUUUAAAAUGAGGGAAAAGGUAAGGAAAGGGAAAAUAGGAUUCUUAGAAGCAUCCAGUCUGAAAAAAGACCUUAAAACAAUAUAGCCCAUAUGUAGUAAACCUGGUAGAUAGAGGGAAUUAUGUUAUUCUGACAAAUUGAUCACUGUGUGUAAUAAAUCAUUUAAAUAUUUCAAGAGCUGAAACUUCUUUGGAUUGGCUGAAGUCUCUUAUUAAUUAUUAGAGUGGGUAGGAAAGGAAAUAGGUAGCUUCAUGUGUUUGCCAAAUUAAUUUCAGGAGCUAUCCUGUGCAUACAUAGUUCUUACUACAAACUUACCACUAAAAGGAUAUGCACUUUAAGUUAUUUUUCCAGUAGUAGGGACAGAUUGCUGCUGCGUCAUCUGGGCCUUUUUUCCCUUUCUAGCUUUUGGACAAAGGUGCAAUCUGGUUGGCCCGGGGUUAGCAGUGGGUAUAACUCAAGACUUUGAGCACCAUUUUCUGCACAGAUUGUAUGCAUCAAAUCAGAACAAUAAAUUAGCAAAACUGAAAGCUAGAAGCAUAGCCAGGUCCCAGUUAACACAAAUAAGCCCAUCUCAAAGGGUCGUUACAUUCAAAUAUGCAUUCUGUAUUUCCAUUGGGCUGGAUCUAUUAUUUUAAAUGAUGAUAACUUCAAAUAUUGCAAAUUCAAAUAUAUCCAAUUUCUUCAGGGGAUUCAUUAAUUGGGACCUUAUUGAACAGAAAUUGUUGCCAUGAAAAGUCAGGCAGCUAUAAGUGAGCUCCUCCUCUCUUCUCCCCUAUCUAGACAGAACUGUGUAGAAUUCAUGUAGGCCAGUAGACCUGGCCUGUUCCUGUCUUUCUAGAAAAGGCUAAGUCUGCUGUGAAUAUUGAUGUUUCUUUGGACUACUUUAUCCUAGCUGCCAAUGGAAAAUCACACAUUGGGGACUGUAUUUCAUGAAUUGUUUCCACCAGUUGUAUUCAUCUACAUAUUUGCCAGUUAGGGAAGAAGGCAUCCAAAGACAUUCAGCCAUUCACUGGUGCUAUCCCCAAACCUUUUUCUUUUUUGUAAGGAAAAUUCUCUAAUGAUACAACUGUUGGUGCAGGAGUAAUAAUGACCUCUAAAUACAUAAUCUUUGGAAUUUCUUAUUUCACAAUAGGUCAGGUACAGAGUUCAAUGGAUUCCUUUUAAAUAAUAAGGUUUUAAUUAUUUUGUUAGCCUCAGUCUCUGUGUCUCACAGACACAAAUAGUACUUAGUAAGUGUUGUUCAAGAGGUGACUGUAGAUUGAUCUGCAGAAGGAUUUCCUCAGUGGUCCUGAGCAAAGAAAGCUCAGCCUACCUAACCAGUGUUGGAAAAGGUGGCUAAUCUCCCCCCCCCCCUUGGGGAAAUUGAUUUGAACACAGAGUUCUGGUCAAAGUUCAGGGGUGCAGAAGGAGCAGGAUUAAGAGCCCUUUGCUCCUUAUUCAUGAGUCGUUUUGGACAUGUUUGGAAGGGCUCUUUUUCUCAAUAAAUAGAAACAAAAGAUUUAGUCAAGCAGCAGCUUAAGAUCGUUCAGGAGAUGUAGGGGAGAAAAAUAAGUAUACCAGAGACCUUCAAUCUAUUAUGUAUUCAUUUAGAAUGAAGAAUAAUUUGAUCAUCUUAUGUGAAGGCAUAAGGUCUUUUUUUUUUUUUAAAUCCCUUCUGAAAAGAUGGGAACUGUCUCUCAGGAAAGAUAUGAAAGUCAGUCCCCCUACUUUUGCACUUGUUUUUGAUUUUCAUAGCUUUGAAGCAAAAUGUGACUACAGUUAGUGUUAUCAUCCUGUUAUAUCUGGGGAAAAUAUUUAACUUUUUUAAAGGGCAUUAUUUAAGGUAGGCUGCCUGAUUCUCAAGUGUUCUAAUCCCAGAGGCACCCCCUGGGCUAGGACGUAUUAUAUUGUCAUGACAGUAAAGCAAACAGCAGAUAAUGUUGGGAAAAGCAGGUUAUUUACCUCCUAGACCUGUCUCAAGAACCCUUCUCAUUGGUAUACCCCAGGGGUUCUGUGGCUAUCUAUCCACACCCUGGCUUACUACUUUGUUUUCUAGAAAAAGCUAAACUGGGGUGAACAUAGGCAUUUCUAUUUGCACUAUUCAGAUACCAGCUAUAAUGGGAAAAACCAUGAGUUGGAAUCUAUUUUGUAAAUUGCUUCUUACUGUCAAGUUCACCCAAACAGUUGCUCUUUAGGGACAAAUUGCUGCUAAGAACCUUAAUGUGAAUCUGCAAUGUUCUGCUUUAGUUAUAAGUACUGUACAUGAGGUCUGUAAACUGCA